UUAGGCCCAUUAAUAAUUUGUAAAGACCAAAUUGUCGACCCAUAAAUAGUGUCUUUGAAGUUUGAACUUAAUACUGACGACAUCCUUGAGAGUAAAUUUCAUCUAUUGGUUAAUGCCAUUAUUCUCCGGUUUAGAGAUAAUAAUUACUAUCCAGCCUGUCGAAACAACAUUUUUCAUUGGUGCAAGUUAAACAAAAAACAGCUUUCUAUUUUUCCAUAUUCAUUAUACACAAUAACCGAUAACAUUUAGCCGUUGGAUGUAUGACACGUCAGCGAUAAACAAACGUACGAUCAUUUCAAUAAUUACGAUUUUACCCCUUUAGUAAGUACCCGCGCUUAAUUUAUUUAUUUUAGGGAAAGUUAAAGAAGAAAAAAAAAAAAAAAAAACUAAACAAACUCAUAAAUUUCUCUACUUACUGGAAGGGACGUUAAAAUCACGCAAGAAAGGACGACUGCAAAAAGGAGAGUUACACUCGAGAAUGAGGAAAACGAAGAAGAGAGGAGGUUCGCGAGGAGGCCGUAAAACUGGUGCGUCUUCGUCGGCGAGUAAGAAUGAUGAUGCGGUGGUAGAGACCACGACGCAGGAGACUCAGCCUACUCAGGAGACAGAGGAAACAGAGGCUAAGGUGGAAUCUCCGGCGCCUGAGGAGGAGGGGAAGAACGAAGAAGAGGCGAACGAGAAUCAGGAAGAGGAAGCGGGGAAGGUUGAAUCUAAGGCUGCGGAGGAGGGAGAGAAAGAAGAAGAGGCGAAAGAAGACCAGGAAGAGGAAAAAGAAGAAGCGACGAAACCUGAUGAAAGUGCGAGCCAAAAGGAGGAGACGAAAGGUGCGUCUUCUUCACAACCGGAGCUUCGUCGUGGUAAGCGUAAGAGAGUCACAAAGACGGAAGCGGAGAAGAAACCGACUCCGAGAGCCAAGAAGCGAGCUAAAACGACCAAGGUGCAAACUGCUGAGCCUGAGUACUUCGAAGAGAAGCGUAAUCUGGAGGAUUUGUGGAAGGAUACAUUUCCAGUGGGAACGGAGUGGGACCAACAGGAUGCAGUUUAUGAUUUCAACUGGGAUUUUAAAAAUCUUGAAGAAGCUCUGGAGGAAGGUGGAAAGCUCUAUGGGAAGAAAGUCUAUGUUUUUGGCUGCACUGAGUCUUAUUCAGUCAAUUACAAAAAUGAGAAAAAGGAUGUCAUUGUUCCUGCUGUCGUUUGUAUUGACUCAUCUAUUCCCCCGUCUGAUAAGAUAGGAGUUGCAUCGGUUCAAGGAGAGGUUGGGGAAAUUAUUCCAAUGAAAAAUAUGAAAAUGGAUUGGGUUCCUUACGUCCCACUUGAACAAAGGGAUAGACAAGUUGAUAGAAAGAACUUUCCAGUUUUCAUCUUGGGCUGUACUCAGAGAAGGUCUGCUCUCAAGCAUUUGCCGGAGGAUCGUGCUAAAAAGUUCAACUAUUGCCUUCCUUACAUCAACAACCCAUUUAAGGUAGAUGAAUCUGAGCAGAGCACUGUGGUUCAAAUAAGGUUCCCUUCUGAGCCACAAGUUGAAUGUGAAUAUGACUGGCUGAAAAGCGACGUUGAGGAUUUCACCGACAAUCUGAUCAAGGAGGAGGUAUUACUACCGGAACAAAAGGAUGCGUUUGAGGAGUUUGUCAAAGAGCAAAGCACAAGAAGCCCGAGAGAAAGUAAAGGAAGGACUGAGCGAAGAAACAAAAAAAGCUUAUCAAGAAAUGAAGUUGUACAAGUUUUAUCCAUUGCUUUCACCAGACACACCCGACACUGCAGGAAUUGAGAAGUCCCCGUUCAUAAACAGGUACUUCGGGAAGGCUCACGAAGUCCUGUAAUCGUUUCUCCAAACCCAGGAACCUUUUUGUGAUUCGGCAAACAUUAUGAACAACUGAGAAUCAAAAGAAAACCACUUUGGGAUUGUUUAGGCCAAAGAUACAACACACUUACAAAUAACAAUAGUCUUUUGGUGCCAGA